GAACAUAUCCAGGGUGGCCUUUUCUCGCGUCUGACAAACGCCGUGUUUUUAUUUUCUUGCAUUCCUUUUCCCUGAGAUUCCCUGCUCAAAUUCAGCAUUGAAAGAUGGCUGACCCAGAAUUAGAGGCAAUCAGGCAAAGGAGAAUGCAGGAGCUCAUGGCUCAACAGGGCAUGGGAACUCCUCAAAGCUCAGACAAGCAAAGCGCCCAGGAGGAAGCCAAAAGGGAAGCUGAUGAACGAAGGCAAAUGAUGCUUACUCAGAUUCUGACUUCUGAAGCAAGGGCAAGGCUUGCUCGAAUUGCUCUUGUUAAGCCUGAAAAGGCCAGAGGAGUUGAAGAUGUUGUACUCAGAGCUGCCCAAAUGGGGCAGAUCACGGAAAAGGUUUCGGAGGAGAAACUGAUACAAUUACUUGAACAAAUUAACACCCAAACUACUAAGCAGACAAAAGUAACUAUCCAGAGGCGUCGGAGUGUUCUUGAGGAUGAUGAUUAGAAUGCUUCAGCAUAUUUUAGUCCCUGACUAUAUGGUGUUUUCAAAUUUUUGUAAGACACUUGACUGUGGUUUCAGUGUCUCAUCAACUUUGUCAAAAUAUGCCUGAGGUUUUCCAGUCACAUUGAAAUUGCUCAGCUUGUAAUAGUUUAAUUUACACGACUAUAAUGAUGUAAAUUAAUGAGUGCUUCUGGUUCUUACUCCUUCCUUCAGAAACAGAUCAAAUAUCAUACUCUCACCAGA